ACUGUUAUCGCACUCUAAGCAGCACUAGGCAAACACCUGUUCCAGUAAGAUAAUAGCCACAAAAUGAAGAAAGCGGCCGGAUUCGUUAUUUUUCGGCGUAUUUGCGGGGAAAUACAAUACCUAUUGCUGAAGGCUUCCUACGGCUCAUUCCACUGGAGUUCCCCCAAGGGCCAUGUGGACCCAGGCGAGGAUGACUUUACCACAGCUCUGCGCGAAACUAAAGAGGAAGCCGGUUACGACGAGAAGGAUCUAAUCAUAUACAAGGAUACUCCGCUAACGCUGAAUUAUGAGGUGCAGGGGAAGCCCAAGAUUGUGAUCUAUUGGCUGGCGGAGCUGCGGAAUCCUUGCCAGGAACCUAUUCUCUCCGAGGAGCACACCGCCCUCAAGUGGCUGCCCAAGGAGGAGGCCAAGGAGUGCGUGGGCUUCAAGGACAACCAAGUGAUGAUCGACAAGUUCCACGAAAUGAUUCAAAACAAGCCGGCGUAGAUUGACAACAACAUCAAAAUCAAAACAUUGUUCGUUGUAACCUUGCGCAACACUGAAAUUAAAACAAAUAAAUACCGUAGCAGAAAAAAUACCAAA